CCCCCCCCUCCUCACAACAUGAUCAUUCUCCUCCUCUCUCUCUAACUUCAAAUCCAUCUGUAUACUUCCUACCAACUCUUCUUUCUCUCUGCCUGACUCAACAUGAUAAUUGACGACCACACCCCAGCAACAGACACUCCCAAAAUCCCUAAGAUCCCCAGUUGGCCCGGGAUCCCAAAGCAACGUCCCCAGGAGGCCUUCCAUGUAGAGCCCUUUGUGGCCCUGGGCCAGCGUCUCCGCCCAUGCUACGGUCCCAGGGGCUUAGUAAAAUCCCUUCUCUUCCGCUUCCCCCAGGGCUUCUCCAGCUCCCCAGUCACCAGCCCUGACACCCUCUCCGUCCUAACCCACAUGGCUCUGGAGGACCCCUCCGCCCUCACCCUGGCCUCCGCAGCCUCUACCCAGGCCAGAGAGCACGGUGAUGGGGCAGGGAUGGUCCUCCUCCUGGCCGCCUCUCUCCUGACCCAGGCCAAGGACCUACUAACCCUGGGGGUGACUGGGGCUGAGAUCCAGGGGGGCUACCGCCAGGCUUGUGGCAGGGCCCUGGCUCUGUUAGAGGGGAUGGCCUGUGGGGCCCUAAAGGACCCCAGGGAGGAGCUGGAUGUGAGGGCCAUCCUGGGACCCUUCCUCUCCUCCUGGCAGCCAGGGUUCGAAGCCCUGCUGUCGGGGGUGGUGGCCCGGUGCUGUGUUCACAGCUGGAGACCCAUAACUUCUGGUGACCGAGGAGAGGUGUGGGAAGGAGUUACCUUUGACCCCAGCUGUGUCAGAGUGUGUACGGUGCUAGAGAAGGCUAUACCAGACCAGGGUUCAGAGACCGAGGAUGGACAGAUAGAAACAGAUGGAGAGGAGCUGAUACAGACCAAGGGAGAGGGGGAGGAGAGGACUGGAGUUGAAGAAGUUCAGAUGAUGAAGGAGGAGGGGAAAGAGAUGGAGAGUGAAAGGACUGCAGAGGCUAGUGAAGUGGAGGAGGGAGAAAACGAGACCAACAAUAAUGAGUCACUCAGAGAGGAAGAAACAGAGGAAGAGGUAGAGAACCAAGUGAAGCGGAGAAUAUGUCAGAAAAUGGAGGAUGCUAUGAAACAAAUGGAUGAUGAAGAAACGGAGGAUGAUGAAGGUAAGGAAGAAAAUGCAUCUGACGACUGGGUGGAUCUGGGCCUGGAGAUAUGGAGAGGGAGGUCAGAAGGAGAAGGGGAGGUAUGGAGAGAGGGAGAGACAGUGGAGCCAGAGGUUCAGAAGGUCAGAGGAGAGGAGAGGAACAGAAGUGACAGAAGAGGAGGUCUGUAUGAGGUCUUGAUCCAUGGCAGCUUUGCCAAGCUCAUUUCCCACUGCUCCACUCAGAGACAGAUUUACAAGCAUAUCACCUCGGUCCGCUCUGCCCAGCGCAGGCGACGACUACACAGGCCUAAAGGGCAUCUGACAAGCCCAACAACCCACCACCACCACUCAUGCAAAAAGACCCGCCAGUCACCCAGGAAAACCCCCACCAGUAUCCCUCUAUGGGCCAGCGUAGUGGUGGAGGAGCCCCUGGACGAGGAGGCCUGCUGUAAGGUCACAGUGACUGUCCGUAGCCCAAACCAGGCCCUGCUGAUUAGCGCAGAGGCUGCUUUACGUGCCUCCCUGCGGGUUUACAGCUCCCUCCUAGCAGAGCCCCGGGUGGUCCCUGGGGCUGGAGCUUCUGAAGUGGGCUUGGCCGCGGGGCUGACCCAGAAUGGGUUAACCCUGGUUGGCAUGGAGCAGCUGGCCGUUCAUGCCUUCGCCCAGGCCCUGCUGGAGCCAGUCAAAGCCCUGGGAGAGAAUGGAGGGACCCCUGCGGAACUGGCUGUGCUGAGAGGAUACAAACGGCGAUGGAAGGGCAUGAUGGACGGGACCAAGGGAGCGUAUCGAGGUGUGUUGGACAGGCUAGGGUGUAAGGCUAGUGCCAUAGAGAAAGCUACAAAGGCCUCACUAGCUGUCCUCACUGAACUCCUGAGCCAGAUAGCGACGGAGGAGGACAAGACCAAAAUCUUCUUCCCAGUUACCACAGAACAGGCAUGGCUCCCUUCACUGCCUCCAUAG